AUGACCGUCCUCUGUCUCCAUGGAGCCUACGGCAGUGCCUAUAAAUUCCAGAUCCAGCUUCAACCCUUCGUCCAGGCGGUGGAAAAGACUGGCACCAUGGAGUUCAAAUGGAUCUCCGGCAGCUACGAGGCUAACCCUCCUGCCGGCUUCAAAGAUUACUUCGGACCUCCCCCUCUGUACCGCUUCAUCGACUGCGACGGUAUAAGCGCCAUGGACGACCUCCUCACCAAGAUCCGCGACAUCCCACAGGGCUUGACGGCCGAGGAUUCGCUGCGCAAGCUGGUCGGAGAUAGCCCGCUCUUCACUCCCAAAGCUCUCAAGGCGUCCCUUGAUGAGCUUAUCGGCAAGAUUGACGAGGACCCCGAAGUCGACGGGAUCCUCGGCUACUCCGAGGGUGCUGCCGUUUCCGCAAGCCUCAUCCUCGAGGAGCAACGACGUUUCGAGGAGGAAGGUCGACCGCGUCGCAUCAAGUACGCCAUCUUCUUUGCCGGAUGGCCACCUGCUCGUCUGGUCAACGGCAAGGUGCAGAUGCUCUUUGCCGACGAGUGCGAGGAUAUGAUUGACAUCCCGACCUGCCACAUCAUCGGAUGCAACGACCCCUACGUCAACGGUGCCAUGGCUCUGUACGGCAUGUGCGACGAGGACACGGCCGUCAUGUUUGACCACGGCAAGGGUCACACGGUGCCCCGGGAUGCCCGGACCGUUGCUGAGCUCACCAGGUCCAUCACUACAACUUGGGACAGGCGUGGAGACUGUGCCUUGCAAGACGGCAUGACCGGAGUAUAG